CGUUGGCCGCACUCCGGCCGCGCCGUGCCGUUAGUUUGAAUGUUAGAAGUGAUGGGGAAAAGUUGGCGAAGGGUCGGGGUGUGCGGUUCCUCCUGCUCGGCUCCCCUAGGUUGUACCUUAGGGUAAACCUGGUAGCGCGGGGCUACGGUGUCUCAACACGGUUCUCUGGCCCAAAGGUUGUAAUAUGAAGAGGCGGCUCUCAAACCUUGGUCCGCUGGGGAUCAAAGUCAGAGCUUCACACAUGCUUAACGUGCUGUACCCCUGAGGUACAAUCUCAGUUCUCCGUCUACAUUUUCAAACGUUGUUUAUGCCUACAAAACUUUGACAACGCACAAUGAUCCUGUACUUACCGCUGACAUUUUUCAGACCUUUGGAGACAGGCUGUCAAUAAUUUUACUUUAAAAAACGGUCACUGGAGAACCUUAUUCGUGAAGAGUUGCCACUGGCUUGCAUGUAAUAAAAUGACCGAGGAAGAAAAGAAAAACUAGACGAAACUCUACGUUUCGAUGGAAACACGCAGUUCAGGAGGCCUCGCCCACUCUGAUUUUCUAUUGGCUGAAAUUGAUGUAAAUGUGGUCAUGCUUCAGGAAUCCCAAGUUGAUAUGAAUUCCAGUCAACAAUUCUGUUAUAAAAAUGUGCUUAUCCCAAAGUGGCAUGAUAUAUGGACACGGAUACAGGUUCGCGUAAAUAGUUCCAAAUUGGUCCGAGUUACCCAGGUGGACAAUGAGGAGAAGCUAAAGGAACUAGAGCAGUUUAGUAUCUGGAACUUUUUUUCUUCUUUUUUAAAAGAGAAAUUGAAUGACACCUAUGUUAACGUGGGUCUGUACAGCACAAAAACCUGCCUCAAGGUUGAGACUAUAGAGAAGGACACCAAGUACAGUGUCAUUGUGACCCGGAGAUUUGACCCCAAACUCUUUCUUGUUUUCCUCCUUGGACUGACACUGUUUUUUUGUGGAGACUUGUUGAGCAGGAGUCAAAUUUUCUAUUAUUCCACUGGGAUGAGCGUGGGAAUCGUGGCCUCUCUCUUAAUUGUCAUUUUUAUGAUCUCUAAGUUUAUGCCCAAGAGAAGUCCCAUUUACGUCAUCCUGGUAGGAGGCUGGUCCUUUUCUCUGUACCUCAUUCAGCUAGUUUUUAAGAAUUUACAAGAGAUAUGGAAGUGUUAUUGGCAUUAUCUUCUAAGCUACAUCCUCACAGUUGGAUUCAUGAGUUUUGCAGUGUGCUACAAGUAUGGGCCCCUGGAAAAUGAACGGAGCAUCAACCUGCUGACCUGGACGCUGCAGCUGCUGGGCCUGGGGUUCAUGUACUCCGGCAUUCAGAUCCCACAUGUUGCCUUUGCUCUCAUCGUCAUUGCACUGUGUACUAAGAACCUGGAGUACCCUGUCCACUGGCUGUGCAGCACCUACAGAAGGAUGUGUAAGGCAGCAGAAAAGCCUGUCCCCCCUCGCCUCCUGACAGAAGAAGAGUAUCGGAUACAAGGAGAGGUGGAGACCCAAAAGGCUUUACAGGAACUCCGAGAAUUUUGUAACAGUCCGGAGUGCUCUGCCUGGAAGACCAUAUCUCGAAUUCAGUCUCCAAAAAGAUUCGCUGACUUUGUGGAAGGUUCUUUUCACCUCACGCCAAAUGAAGUUUCUGUUCACGAACAGGAGUAUGGAUUAGGGAGCAUCUUUACCCAAGAUGAGGAGCUGUCCUCAGAGGAGGAGGGCUCCGAGUACCCCACUUUCACACAGAACAGUUUCCUGACUUAACUGGCAGUCGGUUGUUCCCACGUGGACUGGUAUGAUGCCUGGUGAUCCGUGUUGUCAGUGCUAUGCCAUUCUCCCGGGCUUUUAUGACAGCCUGGAGCAGGUGCGGGGGUUCCUACUGGAAUGAGGGGCUGAGUAGGUUACCCUCUGGCAGUACUUUUGGUAUGUACCUCAGGCUAGUCCUCUUUGAGGAAAGAGUGUUGGAGGCAGUGAGUGUUGUGGCAGCUUGCUCUGACAUUUGAGCGCUUGACCCACUUCCCCGUUACUGAAGUAAUUGUUUGCCCACAGCCGGCAUGACAGUCUAGCUGCCAUUUGAAAGUUUGCUGAAUUCUGGUGACUCUGUCACUGUGACAAACCCUCAAAACUGAGUAUUAAGUGCAGUAAUGCAUUCAAAGGGAGGCUGCCUCUUUAAAGAGAACCUGUAAGUCUGAGCCAUUUUUACUUCUGUCUGCUUCUAUUUCAGUGGAUCCUUAUAAUAAUCCUGAAGACUUAAAUAUUGAAGAAAAAUAGACUGUUUCCUAUCUUGUUUUUUUUUAAACAAAUGUAUUUUUUUAAGUUCUAGAACCAAUAAGUGCUCCAGAGUACAAACCCUACUGACCCCGAUAUCUAUUGAUGUAAGAUACUCCAUGGGUGACCCUGAUAUCUAUUGAUGUAAGAUAUUCCACGGAUCCUCGGGCUGCUGCUGGUGAGCCUUGAAGUCUCACAAGGCUGAUGUUUGGUUUGCUUGUAUUUAGGAGAACGUCUCCUGGCUUUCUGUGGGUUUGGUUUCCUAAGCUUUUUAUUAUAUUUAGCAUUGGCAUUUUUUUCUUGCCGAUUCUCACCACUGACUUUUCCCACUCGGGAAUGGUAUGUCCCCUUUCCUGUGGAGUGUGCACAGUUGAGAAUUUGUCUCAUUUUCUGAUUUGCCGCUGCCUCCUUCCUAACACUGAGGUUCCCUCACAUCUCCUGCCAUGUACCUCAGGCUGUCCCUCACUUUAGCCUUUAACUGCUAGGAUUUUAAGUCUAUGCUGCUGUGCCAAGCUUCUCUUUUUCUUCUUUUUUGGUUUUCGAGACUGUUUCUCUGCAAAGCCCUGGCUGCCCUGGAACUCGCUCUACAGACCAGACUGGCCUGGAACUCACAGAGAUCCACCUGCCUCUACCUCCCAAGUGUGCUACCACCGGCUGGCAUGUCUUCUUUCUUAUAUACAAAUAUCCCCUUUACGUUGGUUCCUACAUAUGGCUAGGCAGAGAAGUCUUAUUUAUACCCCUCUCCCCCUGGUCAGAUCACAUACCUUCUGAGCUACUACUCCACAAUCAGGAAACUGGCCCUGGGAUGGGGAUGUAGCUCAGUGGUUAGAGUGCUUACUGGUUUAGCAUGCAAGGCCCUCAUUGGGUCACUAGCACCACAACAAAACAAAAUCAACCUUCUCUCUUUGUCUUUUUAUAUGCCCAUUCUACCCAUUCAGCCUCCCUCACCACCAGCAUGCUUCUAGAUCUAUCGUUUAUAAGCCCCAAACAACCAUCUGUUAAGUGUCUUUCUAUACCAUUUUAGGUUUGUAGCUACCCCGCUUUACAUAGCAGAGAACAGACCUUCAGGUGCACUUGCUGCCUCUGGUGCCCAUUAAGCUGUUGGCAUCAGACACUGUUAGCAUCCAUGAUGGUUAGCAUCUAUGAUGCUCUUAGCUUCAGAAUCUCUUGCCUUUCUUGCCUUUGCAGAUCUCUUAGAAGCUGGCAGAUCAUUUUAUGAGGGACAGACUCUCAAGUUUCUGCCGUUUGCUUGGUUCUUUCAUUGUGAUCUUCACCACUGCACUGAAGGAAGUAUGUAACGUUUGUAAUUCCUUCAGCCAAGGAGGUUGGUGCUCACUCAGGAAUACAGCAUCAGACUCAUUGUCUUAGGAUCAUCGAGGAGGAAGAUGGUAUUUUCAGGAAGCUCGUAGGGCUUCUUCAGACCCGCUUUCAACAUGUAAUUUUAGAAGACCCUGGGCUCUACUGCUAGCAUCCAAAAUGUCAGCUGAGACACCUCUCCAGGUGACCAGUUAGUUAUUUCAACCAAUGUUCCCCAUAGCCUUAAAUUGUCCUAAAGUGACAACUACCUCACUUGGUAGAAGGUGACAAAGGAGAAACGAAAAAUGAGCAGUAUCUAAGCAGACGCUGUGGUUAGAGCUGCAGGGUACCUUUUUGUCUUUGUGAAUUAUGAAUACAGUAAAAAAUUGUCCCUUUUCAAAGCACUUAAAGCUUCUGAAGGGGUGGGAAUGCACCCCAGAGACAGUGCUAUCCCACAGGUGCAGGAUGGGGUUCAGUUUCUGGCAUCCCAAAAACAAAGCCCACCACUAAAAAACCAAAGCCUCCAGAAUACACUAUUUUGGAGGCUUCUCUACAGAAAUUUAUACCUAGUAUAUUUUAGUGUAAACUCAAUUGUACAAGUGGUGUAGGUCUUGGGAGACCUUAGUGCCUUUUCCCCAGCUCUCCUGAUGGAUGCUAGCUUGCCAAAGGGAGGAGGCUUUGGACUUAUAUUCUCACUUUAAUGAGAAUUCACUGUGAGUGACUUUGCUCUUCUGGGGAUUGACUCCCUGUGAAAUACGGAUUUCUUUUCAAGGCCAUGUUUUUUUAACUGUAUUUGAAUUUGGGGCAAGCAAAGCACGCUCAUUUUCUUACCCUGCCUGGUAAGAGAGAGCUGCUUCAGACAGUGAAGGACGGACGCUGCCUCUUUUGUAUGCUGUGUAUCCUUGCCCUGCCUGCCUGUGCGGCUCUGCUGGAGGCUUCUGAGCCUGGCCUCUGCGUGCCCAGACACUGCUUGAGUCAGCUCAGUCUCAUCCCUCAGAAUGACCUCAUCAAGGGUCGAGGGAGAAGUGGCGUGAGCUGGACAUAGGAGCCCUGUGUGCUGCCAUGCCAGCAGUCAUCAAUCCAGACAUUGGUUCCAGGAUGUGGGGUCUCAGUGGUAUUGGAAAUCUAUUGCUCCUAACGGCUCUGACCUGAGUUCAUAAAACAUGACUCCCAUUGGCAGGAACAGAACAUAAGAGGCAGCCGGCAUAAAAGUUUAGAGUUUUCCUUUCCUCGUGAGAACGUAGUGAUCAAAGCCAGGAAAAGUUUAGCAACUUUGAUAACUUGGUUACCUAAAAUAAGAAAGCUAGUUCCCCACCCACAUUCUUGUUCUCUCAGCAGUGGUGAUUCUGCCUGUGAUAGCUCUUUGGGUCCCACUCUUCCAUUUUACCAUAUUACCUUCCAGUCAAGGGCAUAGCUCUCUGUGAAUCAGUUUUAUGUUCUCUUUAGCCUACCCUACUUGGCAUGGGCAAUUGAGGUUUGAUGAAUAAAAGGAGCCAAAUAGGCCAGCGAAUCUGUCCCCCCCCUCCUUCAGGCCUUGAUACCCAUGAAGGGUUUGGGAACGGGUUAUGUAAUUGUUCUUAACCGUUUUGUUCCAGAAAGAUGUGCUGAAAUGGAUUCCAGAGUUAGAAUGGUCCUUAGCUGUGCCCACAACUCUUCUGAACUGAGUGGUACAAGUUGAAGUAUGCAGACAAAAUUAAUGCCUUCUAGUAUUCCUGUGAACUCGGGUGCAAGAUGAUGGUCUGUGUCUGAAUGCUAAGAGUCUGGUCUGAACGCAGGAGAGGACAGGGGCAGUUUCCUGAGCUCUCACCUAGGCCCUGAAACCAAGGGUCAAGCACACAGUAGCCAUUGUACUUUACAAGUGUGCCCAAACAUUUUUGCUUGUAUUCUUAUAGCAGAAAUUAUUUCUUUGGGGGGAACUUAGGCAGUUGUGGUAACCCACUGGCGUCUUCGUGACUUGAUUAUGGACCCUCUUGCUGUUGGGAGACCAGAUGGUGACUACCUGGAAAAGGAGCUUUGGAAGUCAGGCAUGGUAGGUAGUAUCUGCCUGAAUUUGGAAGGCUGAGGUGAGGGGAUCAUUUGAGUUGGACGUUGGCAACAAGUGGGACCUCCAUUUCAAAAUAGGAAGGAAAAGAAACAAUAGAGUGUUGGGUGCCUUACAUGGCAGGCCCUAGAACCCACUGGGAAUAAGGAAGGCAUCUGGACACCCUUUGACCUCAGCAGGGACAGAGAUGCUCACACAGACGUGGGGAUUUGGGCCACAUGUGUCCUCCCCUUCGUGUGUCAUUUUUUCUUUCUUUUUUCUUUUUUCUUUUUUCUUUUUUUCUUUUUAUUUUUGAGACAGGGUUUUUCUGUGUAGCCCUGGCUGUCCUGGAACUCAUAUUGUAGACCAAGCUGGCCUUGAACUCAGAAAUCCGCCUGCCUGUACCUCCCAAGUGCUGGGAUUACAGGCGUGCGCACUACUGCCUGGCGCCAUUUUUCUUUUACAUGCUCUUAUCCUCCUCACCCCUCAAGGGGGCAGGCACUUUAAACAGGGCACUACUGUAGCCCAGGCUGGCCUGGGAUUCAAUAUAUUUAUUACCCAAGUUUGCCUACAACUCACAGUAGUCCCGCCCCAGCCUCCUGAGUGCUAGGAUUACAGGCUUGGGCCACCAAGCCCAGCUUCCUCCUCACACUUGUGGUGUUCACUUGAAAAUGGUGAAUUAAUUUGCUUUGACCUUGCGGGCAGCAUGAGCAUCUGGUCAUGACAGAUUGUCCCCAACAUGAACCUUAAAACCGGUUACAACCUGCAGUGGCCAGUUUCCAUGUCUAUGGAACUACUCCUGAAAAACUGAGCUAAGACUGUGGAUAAUGCCUUAGUGUUAUUUAGUAAAAUACUUGUCAUUUAUCCUUAAUACAUGUUGAGGAAUGUUCAGGAAGAACAGAGUGUUCAGGGAUGGCUGUUUGCUGUGAGUCUUCCACAUUUAUGUAAGAAAAGCCGAUGCCGUGUAGAUUUUUAUUUCUACUGUAGCUUGUAAAUAAUACCAACUUUAAUAAAGUUUUAUACACUGUA